AUGGCGGACAAUAUCCCCACACUAAACUGGUCCGCCCAACUGGCCGUGACUGCCCCCCAGCACGCGCCCCGCUUACCAGGCGACAAGAUCACACUACCACAAUCCGCACUGGAACAGCUCCUCGCCGCCGCACCUCUCCAACCCGUCACGCCCGCGCCGAACAACUCUCGCGUACACACGUCCACCUUCGACCCAUUUAACCCACACACAUUCGCCGCUGAAUCGCGAGCGCGUCAGCAAAUUGAAGAACGCCAGCAACAACUACCCCACCCGUUGACGUUCCGAAUCGUGAACCCGCAGAAUAAUCGGUUCGUGUACGCGGGGAUCCGCGAGUUCUCCGCUGCGGAGAAUGAAGUUGCGCUAAGCGCUAUUCUGCGCGAGUCACUGGGGAUAUCGGAUGACCAGAUCGAGGGUGUGGUUCAGGGAGAUGUCGGUGUCAAUGGCGACGAUGCGCAGGACGUGUCAAUGGAAGGAGAAGGAGAGGAUGUGGACGGACAACCGGUACGAGUUCGAGCUGAACCUGCGGUCGUAACUGUACAUGCGAAGCAACUGCCGAAGGGCACGUAUGUACGACUUCGCCCGCUUGAAGCUGGAUAUGAUCCCGAAGAUUGGAAAGCGCUGUUGGAGCGCCACCUGCGGGAUAACUUCACGACGUUGACGACGGGCGAAAUCUUGACUGUACCCGGGACACGCAACGAGUCUUUCCGGUUCUUGCUGGACAAGGUGUUUCCCGAGGGAGACGGUAUUUGCGUCGUGGAUACCGAUCUGGAGGUAGAUAUCGUGGCGCUGUCGGAGGAACAAGCCCGCGAGACGCUGCAAAAACGAUUGGAGCGUGCAGCGCGAGCUCCCGGCACGACGAGUGGCAGUUCGGUAGGAGGUGUGCUUGCUAUCGGGGAAGAGGUGGCUGCUCAAGUGUUGGCUGGUGAAUACGUGGAUUACGAACUUCGCGAGUGGAAUCGUGGGGAUGAGCUUGAGAUUGAGCUUACGACGGAUGAACCGAAUGUCUUUUUGUUUGCUAGUCCGCUUGGUUCGCGUCAACAAGGUCGACCUCGGACGGAUAUGCAUGUUUGGGGAGACUUUUCGACGCAGUCUUCUAAGAGGUUCAGGAUUCGGCCUACGAAUGUGGCUCUUGAAGGAGCGGAGGCUAUUUAUGUCUCUGCGUAUGCCAGCCCUCCAGGCCCUGAGGUUGAGUCUUCGACGCCGGCACAACGGCAGGUGCCUUUCAAGUAUAACCUGCGCAUAACGACGAAUGCUGCGGACAGAGUAGACGAGACGGCAGAUAUCGACGAGCACGCUGAGGAGUCUCACGCACCCGGCGAUGUACAAUGCAAGAACUGUCAACAAUGGGUCCCAGAGCGAACCCUCGUCCUCCACGAAAACUUUUGCCUGCGCAACAACAUCCUCUGCCAACAAUGUGGCAACGUCUUCCAAAAACGGUCUACCGAAUGGGAAAAUCACUGGCACUGCCCACACGACUCCUCACAUGGCAACGAUGUCACAAGCAAAGAAAGCCACGACUCAAUAUACCACAAACCAUACGACUGCCCCGACUGUCCAGCUCAAUUCGAGGGUCUCCCAACGCUCGCACAACACCGAACCACCGAAUGCCCAGGAAAACUAAUCCUCUGCCAAUUCUGCCACCUCCUCGUGCCCCAAAAAGGAGACUCUGAUCCAGAUAUCCACGACCCCGAGGUAAUGCUCUCAGGCCUAACACCCCACGAACUCGUCGACGGUGGACGAACCACAGAAUGUCAUCUCUGCACCAAAAUCAUUCGCCUGCGAGAUAUGAACACCCACCUCCGGCACCACGAUCUAGAACGCGUAUCCCGUCCACCACCACGUGUCUGUCUAAACCAGAACUGCGGCCGCACACUCACCAGCGCGGGAAACAAAUCCCUCGGUCUCUGCAAUAUCUGCUUCGGACCUUUAUACGUGGACACCUACGAUCCAGAAGGCAAAGCGCUCCGCCGCCGAAUCGAAAGACGAUACCUCUCACAAUUAAUGACCGGCUGUGGAAAACCAUGGUGUCAGAAUGGAUACUGCAAGACCGGCAAACAGAAGACUCAAACUGAUCCCGUGGCGCCGAUGAGCGUGGUUGAUAUAACUAAAGUUACACGUCCGCUCGUCGAGCCUGUUAAUGUCAAUCCCGACAUAGCUAAUACCGCACCGUUCUAUUUCUGCACGGACGAGACUGGUCAGCAUCGUCGGAAUUUGGCGGAGAUGAUUGCUGCAGAGGGUGUUGCUGGUGUAGGGAAGGCGUAUGAUUUGGCGUGGUGUGUGGCCGGUGCUGAGGCUGCGGGUGGUGAUUUGGAGAAGAUGAGAGAGUGGUUGGGGAAAUGGGCGCCUGUUAAGGGGGAGACUGCGUCGUGA